GGGCCUGGGUGGAGGGGAGGGGCUUGUAGAUAGGUGCGCAGCAAUUGGAAACGAUCACCCUCUGGCUUUGGUAAGGGAUCCGUGAUGACUUUGCAGUGUCUAAGAGCUCUUAGGAUCAAUAGCUCUAGGCUGGGUGGUCGCAGUUGGAGCAGCUUUAAAAAGGAGUGGGCGGCUGAAGAGAAGCAUGCGCUGACCACUUUGGUCACUUGGAAGAGAAUUUCUCUGUUUGUUGGGAUACCUGUUGUGUCCUACCUCACAUGGAAACAUGUCAUUGUUGGUGAGGAGCAUUCUGAGCCGAGAGAGUUCUUUGCUUGGCCACACCUGCGGAUUAGGAGUAAGCCGUUUCCGUGGGGAGAUGGGGACACCUCUCUCUUCAACAAUCCACAUGUCAACCCCGGGCCAGAGAAGGACAAACCUCUACUCACUGAAACUAAAACUGAAACUUUCAGAGAGAAGGUGGAUCGGUUGUGGUUGACGUACCUCCAUGACGACCCAGUGAAGAGAGAUGAGGAGAGAUGGGACCAUCUCAGGAAGAUGCAGAAGAGAAAAAAAGAAUACCUGGCCAAGAAGAAGACCGCCAUUGACAACCCAGUGCCUAUACAACCUAUGGAUCUGUUCACUGAGGUGAAGUACACACCAGUCAACCCUAUAGACUCCGAGAUGGAGAACUAGCGACAUAGACUAUUUCACAAACUGUUUUUGUAUGUAGUGCUUGUUGUUAAAAUAAUGUUUGUCAACCAGAUAUAAUUAUACAAUCAUUAUACAGUAUUAUACUGUACAAGGCUAUACACUUAUAUCAAGAAA